CCCUAAACCGUUGGCCGGCCCGCUUGUCGCCGCCAGCUUGUUGCAAAACAUUCUCCAGGUCAUCUCCGUCAUGUUCGUCGCCCACCUCGGCGAGCUCGCUCUCUUCGGCGCCUCCAUGGCCACAUCCUUCGCCGGUGUUACUAGCUUCAGCUUCUUGCAUUGGAUACUAUGUGUGGGCAAGCUUUUGGAGCAAAGCAGUACCAUAUGCUGGGCAUACACAUGCAGAGACACAGGCUCAAUUCUUAGUCUGUUUGGUCAAGAUCCAGAAAUAGCUGCAGAAGUUGGAGCCUAUUCUCGAUGGAUGAUUCCCACCCUUUUCGCGUAUGGCCUCAUACAGUGUCAUAACAGUGUUUUCUACUUGCUUCUCUUAUGUCAUUUGUGUGGGCACUGGGAACAAUAUAGCAUGGUUGUCAAUAUUUGCAUCAAUAUCAGGCAUUCAAAAAACUUAGCAUUUGUGGAUGUUUCUCCAGAAGAACUAUUUCACAAUGAACGUUCCUUUAUGAAUGAGGUAUCAAAGGCAAGCCCAAUGGAGACUCAAUCAGCUAAGGAAAUACAAACGAAUGGAACUGUAAAACAGAAUGCAAGUUCUUCAACCGAACAACCUUAUUAUCGCCAACUGUUCAAUCUGUUCAAAGCUCACAAAGAUCCUAAACAAAAUCCAAUUGCUUAUUCCUGUAAUAGAUUGAGAAAGACAAGCUACUUCUUCUGUAUUGUGGUAGUAAUUACUGUACUGUUUUGUCCCGUUCUCAAGCCGAUAAUAAUUUUUUAGUGUAGCUAGUAGAAGUAAACAGAUUGUUGGCUUCGAGGUCGGCUAGUUAUUUUAUGCUCUUUUGUUUUAUAUGUGAAUAUCACUAUCUACUUUGAAACAGAAUUAGUGUUAAUUUUGAUA